AUGGCGGGAGCAGCACAGGGACGGUUCCGCCAGCCGAACCGUUCUGUGAACGCCGCGCCCUACGCGCACCCCACGUGCGGGUAUCACACGCCAAACGCCCGGACCUACGUCCGCCCCGACGGGAAGUCCCGCCCCCGAACGGAAGCUGUGUUCCCGCCGGAAGUCCCGCCUCGCGCGGGGGCUGAGCCCUGGAGAUUGACCUUCCGCGGAAGCCGUCGGGUGUGUGGCUGUGCUGCUGUGGUCGGUCCCCGCGGGUCCUUCCCGGAGCUCUCCGAGUCGGCUUGCCGCUUUGUCUCCUCCCGUGGAGAUGUCAACAUUGGAAAUUACUCACAGAAUGUACUCACUCAGCCAAUUGACACCAGCAUUUCUUCCUUGAGACAAUUUGAACCCCUUUGCCAAUUUCAUCAGACAGACUUGUUUAAUAAUGAAAUAGCAUUUCAAGAUCUGACGGAAAGCUUAUCUUACACAGAGGAGCCAGAAUUACAGCAUUAUGUAUGUGAUUAUGCAGAAGACACCAAUAUGCAGGAAGACUCAUUUAAGGAAGAAAACCCGAUGGGAACUAGCACUUUCACACAUACAGAUCAAUUUGCUCUUGAGUGUGUCAGACAGCCUUCUAGAAGCCCACCUCUAAUCCAAUGCAGUGAAGAGACACUGAAAUUCAUGGAAAUACCACUGGCUAAUAGUACUGCCAUGGAAUCUGCCCUCAAUCCUAGUCAGUCUCAAGACUUCUUGUGUGAGAAAGAAGUACCUUCCAAAGGAGUACAGAAUUCUAUGGAUAUUCCUGAGAUGUCAGUCAGGCACCAAAAGGAAGUCCCAGAAAAAGGUGGGUGGAGUCCACAGACGGGCUCAACCUGGGCUCCUACAGGCAUCUGUUGGGUCGGUGGAGCGUCUCAGGAGGCCUGCGUGAUACCUGACUCAGAGCAGAGCUUGGAAAGCUUACAACCUCUGGAACAGGACAUGGCUUUGAAUGAAGUCGUACGGAAAUUAAAAUGUACUAACAAAGAAAAGGAAACUCGGAUCCAAGACCUAGAGCGUCAGAACACGUAUUUAGAGAAGAAGGUUGAGGAACUACAGAUGAAUGCGACUAAACAGCACGUGUUUGUGGCCAUCAUCAAUAAGCUAAAGGAGAAGGUCGAAGAGCUAAUUGAAGAAAAGUACAGAAUAAAGCUGGAGAAGAGUGAUACAGAGAAGACACUGCGGAGUUUGCACGAGAUUUUAGUUACCACCCAAAACCACCUUCAGGAAUGCAGGAGUGAGAAGGAAACCUUACAGGCAGAGUUUAAGAAACUCAAGGGCAAUUAUGUUAGUCUACAGGAAAGGUACAUGACUCAUUGCAUGGAGAUGGACAGCGCCUUGAGCAAGAAAGAAGAAGAGAUAGAAAGCCUGCAGCAGCUCAAAGGAGAGCUGGAACAGGCCACCAGUGCCGCUCUGGACUCGUUGAAAAGGGAGAGGGAGACCGGAAGAGAGUUCCUGUCUUUACGGGAGGAAUUCCAGAAACGUGAAAGGAAACACCUGGAUGAAAGAGAGAAUCUGAAAUCUAAACUCGAGAAAUUGGUCGCUCAGGUUCAGAAGGUGAAAUUCCUAUCCGACAGUGAAAAAGCUAAGAAUGCAGAACUCCAGCAGCAGAUCGACAAAGUGAAAAAUGAAAACACAAAACGUCAGCAGCAGGUUGCAAGGAGUGAGGAGCAAAAUUGCGUCCCUAAAUGUGAGAUAACUCAACUCAAGGAGAUCUUAGAGGAUGUAAUAGAGUCAGAUGUGGACAAGGAUACAAAGAUGACACAUUUUAAUUUGUUCCCGAAUCACUCGCCUUGUGAAGAAGGGAGCGCAAACCCCCCAGACAUGAAAAGAACUUCACAGCCAACAUCCAGAAUUCUCAAUCUUCUGGGUCUGAUGGUAGAACUUCUCCCACAUCAGGACAUCAUCAAUCCUGAUGCUGAACAUUUCAAAGAGAAUGAGAAAGUUAGUGAUAUCAUGCCACAAAAAUUGAAGAGUUUUCAUCUUAAAAAGAAAAUUUUAGAUAAAGAGCUACUGAAACAUAAAGACAAAAUCUCAGCUUUCAGAAAGUUACUUGCUAACGAAAAAUCAUGUCAACAUCAGGUUCCUGGGGUUACAGGGUGUGACUCCGAGGAAGCCAAGAACGUCAGAGACACGCCUGUUGCCCAGGCAGCCGAACUGAACCCGCACCAUAACUUAAGCAAGGAGCUUGAUUUUCUGAUUGCAAAGUUGGGAAAUCUUCUAGAGACAAAAGAAGACCACUACAACAGACUCACUGAAGAAAAUGACAAGUAUCAAAGAAAUUUAGGCAACUUAAUAAAUAAGGUUACAUCUUAUGAGGAAAUCAUCAAAUGUGCUGACCAAAGGCUUGUGAUAUCCCACUCCCGGAUUGCACAUUUAGAAGAGAGAAAUAAACAGUUGGAAGAUUUCAUUAGAAGGUCCAGAGAGAGAGUCAGAAAACCAAGGACCUGA